GGGGGGGGGGGGGGGAUGCUGCUACAUCCUAGUCGUUUCAGUUGUCAUUCUCGGUUAAGAUUGGAUUUCAGUUUGUUAACUUGGAGUUCAGCAACUAGGACAUCAGUUACAUCACUUCAACAGGAUAUGGAUUUUUUUUUGCCAAGUGCUAGCUCUAAGAUUGAAUAUUUUUUUAUUUUUAAUUUAUUUUUCAAUUUUAUUUUAAAAGUAACUCACUCGGACAAAUAUUCGCAUAUCUAACCCUUUUGGUCGCGCCGGUCUGCAUGACGUGACAAAAACACGCUGUCGCGCCACAUGGAUUGGUGCGACAAGAUGUGCCACGUUGGUAUGCUUCGGAGCGCUCGGAAGGGAUCUGCCAGCGCAUAUUCCACGUGUCAAGCUUGUCAUGCCACUCUCACCGGCGUGACAGUAUAGCCUUGUCACGCCACUCCAUCGGCGGGACAAGGUCUAACUUUAGAAAAAAUAUAUCUUUUUCAUAUGAACUCGGAUGUAGAUGAUUUCUAUAUGAGAAUUGUAGCAAUCAACGAGAUCUACAGUUUUGUAGUUUUGAGUUUUUUCAUUUGAAGUCAUUAAAAUAUUUAAAUAAAUAAUUUAAAUUUUUGACAGCAUAUUAAGCACUUUACCCCUAUCAGAUCGUCUCUAACUUGUCAUAUUUAUCAUGGUUUAUACUGAUGUUUGAUAUAUGAAAUAAUAUGGACUAAAUAAUAAUAAUUUGAUAAGAAAUAAAAUGAGAAAUCAAACUAUAUCAUCGUUGUGUAUGGAAUAUAAUUUAACAACCUAGAUAUUAGUUAUAAGCCAGACGAACAAAGAAAGCAUGCACACAAUAUUCUACGUCAAGCGGUCGGCCAGCCAGCCCACCACCGCUUGCCAUAGAGCACGCGACGGCCGCCCGGGACGUGCCCACCUUCAACGCACGCGUGCUCCGCCACAUCGCCUCCGGCGACGGCUCCCGCGGCAACCUGGCCGUCUCCCCACCCUCCCUCCACGCGGCGCUGGUGCUCCUCGGCGCGGGCGCGCGGGGCGCCAUGCUCGACCAGAUCGUCGCCUUUCUCGGGCCCGCCGGUGGCCCCGCCCAUGUCGCGCUCGCCUCGCACAUCGCCCUGCGCAUGCUCGCUGCUGAUGGCGGCGGCGGCGGCCCCAAGGUGCGCUUCGCCAACGGCGUCUGGGUCGACGCCGCGCUGCGGCUCACCGACGCCUACUCCCGCGAGGUCACCAGGCAGUACCGCGCCGAGGUGCACUCGGUGCCCUUCAAAUCCGAGGUAUGGAUAUGCGUGCAAUGAGAUGGAUGCUGCUUCUGCUUCUGAUGUUUGUGCCACAGAUUGCACUCUUCACCGGUGGAGACGCAAUGUCGUUCCCGCCAGUCCUUAGCCUGGAGCGCAGAGUGCAGUUGAAGGCAACGGCUGUGAAGCAGCUAAUGCAAUUGGACAUGGCACGGCAUGCCACCGGAAGAAGGCUGACAGGUGAGGGACAGGGUACCACCGGAGUCGUAAAGCUCCCCGUAAUCGGCUCAACGGACAACAAUGUGGGCUCGCCAUACUUAACUCGAGUGAAGUUGGGAAGCCCUCCAAAGGAAUUUACGGCUCUAGUUGACACUGGCAGCGAUACAUUGUGGUUUACUUGCAGGCCUUGUUCUGGUUGCCCAGAACCAAGCGGACUUAGUCAGCGGAACUUCUACGAUCCUUGGUUGUCAUCCACGUCGACUGUGAUAGGAUGUUCGGAUAAAUGGUGCAGAGAUUCAAUAAAAAACCGCCUUGCAAGCUGUGACACGUACCACGAGCACGGUCUAUGUGGUUAUAAUUUCAUAUAUGAAAGCGGAGCAUCCGCUGGGUAUUAUGUAUCCGAUGAAAUCUCUCUUGACACCGUCGGUGAAAACAUACCGAGCUUUUCUGCUACUAUUAAAUUUGGGUGCAGUAACUUGCAGUCAGGUGGCCUGGCGCAGACAGGUCUCGGUUUCGACGGCAUUGUGGGGAUGGGGCCAAACAGAAACAGGUUGUCACUGAACUCCCAGUUGAAUUCUCUCGGUAUAUCCCCAAUGGUUUUCUCCCUAUGCUUGGAGAGCUCUGGCAACGGUGUUCUUGUUCUCAAUGAAGCAGUUGACCAAAGAAUGGUCUACACACCUCUUCUCGAAUCAAAAUCAUAUUACAGCUUGAAUCUGGAGAGCAUUUCUGUAAAUGGUGAAAUACUUCCUAUCGACUCUUCGGUGUUCACAUCUGGUCAACGGAAAACUAUCGUGGAUUCAGGAACAACACUAGCAUAUUUUGCAGAUCAGGCCUAUGAUCCGUUUAUUAAUGCGGUAGUUGCUGCAGUCUCUCCAUCUGUGCAAACUUCUGUGGGCAAUGAUGGAGGGCCUUGUUUUCUUGCAUCUGGAAGUCUUGAUGACUCGUCUUUUCCACCCGUGACUCUAAACUUUGCCAAUGGAGCUGCAAUGAAGUUGAAGCCACACAACUACCUUUUGCCGGAGAUUUUAACGGGCGACCAGCUGAUAUUCUGCAUGGGCUGGAAAAGACAAGGAAGUCUAAAAAUAACUGUACUAGGAGAUAUCAUUUUAAUGAAUAAACUUGUAGUCCAUGAUUUGGAUAACAUGCGCUUGGGAUGGGUGGACUACAACUGUUCUUCGCCAGUUAAUGUUACCACUUCACACCAGUGGAAAAGAAGACACACCAAUGCUGGUCAUGCAUCGUACACGUUCACAAUGUCGAUGCAUAUUGUAGUUGCUGUGUUUGCUGCACAUAUGCUCACCUUCUAUGCCUAAUAUGCCUAUACCAGAUUUUCGGGUCAUGCUAGUAUGCUGUAGUGAGUUGUGAUGGGAUCUAUCCUGUUCUUAUUUGGUUCUUUGUGUGAUCCGAUCCAGGGACGGAUCUAAAGCCCCCCCCCCCCCCCCCCCCCAACCCCCAAGAUUCAUGGAUACCCUCCUAAACCCUCCCUUCAUUUUUAGGAUGAAACAAUGAAGAGAAAGAGGAGAGGAAGAAGAAGAGAGUGGUCAUGAGCCUCCUCUAAAUGUUCAGACUAGAUUCGCCACUGAUCCGGUCAUAUGUAAGACAGAUAAUUGUAUUGUUGAAGACUUGAAGUGUUCGUGCUGUGGUAGAUGUAGAGCGCCCUAGUACAAUAAUUAUUGAAAUGUAUAAUGCUUUGUUAGGCUCAUGGGCUUAGUCGCUUAGAGCUCAAGAACAAUAAUAUCGGUUACCAAGAGACACAAAGAAAUGGUGACUUCUA